AUGGAUUUGAACUUUACGACCAAAAGUGUCGAAAUUAAUGGUCAGAACCACAGGAUUCUAUUGCAAAACGAAAAUGGACCUUGUGCCUUGUUAGCACUCGCUAAUGUUUUGAUACUUUCCCAAAAUCAUACCCAGUUUUCCCAUGAAUUAAUAAAGUUGGUGAACAAAAGAAACGGAAUACUUUUAAGACGGCUUAUUGAAGUCCUGGCCGACAUCGGCUUACAGCUUACAGACAAGGCUGGCACCGAUAUAAGUGAACUAUUGACUUUGUUACCUCAAUUACAUAAAGGUUUGAAUAUUAACCCAGAAUUCAAUGGAUCUUUCGAAAAUAGUAAAGAGAUGGCAAUAUUUCGAUUGUUUAACGUUGACCUCGUGCAUGGUUGGGUUAUUAAUGAUUCUAUCAAUAAAACCUCAAAUGAAAAACUAUCUCAUUAUUCUUAUGAAUCAGCACAGAGAACCUUGAUGCAAGCAGCCGAUAUAACUAGCGGAACUUUAAAAGAAGACAACUCAGAGGAAAUAUUGGAAGAAGCCACCCAUAUUAGAAGUUUCUUGAACGAGUCACCAACGCAACUAACAGACUUUGGACUACAACAACUAAGAGAAAAGUUACCGCACUGUCAAUAUUCCGUUUUAUUCAGAAAUGAUCAUUUCUCUACAUUAUAUAAAUACAAAGAUCAAUUAUACACAUUGGUUACAGACUUUGGUUACAAAAAUUGUAAAGAGAUUGUCUGGCAGUCCUUAAACUCCGUAAAUGGAUCAAGCGAUGUGUUUUACGCUGGCGAUUUCAGCUGCGCAAAAGUAGAUGAACAAGAACUACCCGAUGAGGUUGGACAUACUUUUGGAGCCGAAAAUUUGUCGCUCGAGGAAGCUCUGCAAAUUGAAAAUGAUAAAGAACUCGCCAAAAAUUUACAGCAACAAGAGCAAGAACGUGUAACAAAAUUGGAAACUAAACGAAAAAAACGACAUCCUAAGAAAAAUCUACAAAUGGAACCACCAGUAAAAAAAGAGACGUUCAAAGAGAAAAACACUUUUGCUAAGACAAGAAGAUCUGAAACUCCAAAAAGUGAGUGCAUUGUUAUGUAA